AUGUGGACCCUUCUGUCCCUUAGAGCGCCCUGCCGCCAGGACGACAUUGUCACCAUCGGGAUCAGCAACACAAAGCAGCAGUUCUUCGUCGAGGCCAUCGUCGCAUAUCUGGAAACACGCUAUGAUUUGGUCCGCGGCGGGUUCCAGCCGCGCCUUCCGACUUCGCUGCCGCCCCCAGGGCAGCAGCAGCAGCCGUCCCCGCUACCCCGCCGACAGCCCGUCCCGUUGAUGCCUCCCGCGCAGCUUCAUCCGGGAGCGCCCCAGGUGGUCGCUCCGGCGCCUGCGGCCCCUCUUCAGUCGCCACCGCCUUCGGAGCUGAUGGACGUCGACCUCUCAGCCGGGCCGCCUUCCCAAGCGGUGGCUGUGCAGCCUGUCCUGCAGCCGCUUUCCUUGGGCACCCCCAAGGAGUCUGACACCGCAGCGCCUUGUCCGGCGCCCACUCAGCAGCCGUCGACGCAGCGUCAGGAGACGCUGCCUCUCUUCGUGGGUCCCGACGCCCCGUCGCGUCCAGUACCAGAAGCUGCGCCCGUGGUCACAGAUUUGGUCCGCGGCGGGUUCCAGCCGCGCCUUCCGACUUCGCUGCCACCCCCAGGGCAGCAGCAGCAGCCGUCCCCGCUACCCCGCCGACAGCCCGUCCCGUUGAUGCCUCCCGCGCAGCUUCAUCCGGGAGCGCCCCAGGUGGUCACUCCGGCGCCUGCGGUCCCUCUUCAGUCGCCACCGCCUUCGGAGCUGAUGGACGUCGACCCCUCAGCCGGGCCGCCUUCCCAAGCGGUGGCUGUGCAGCCUGUCCUGCAGCCGCUUUCCUUGGGCACCCCCAAGGAGUCUGACACCGCAGCGCCUUGUCCGGCGCCCACUCAGCAGCCGUCGACGCAGCGUCAGGAGACGCUGCCUCUCUUCGUGGGUCCCGACGCCCCGUCGCGUCCAGUACCAGAAGCUGCAAAACAGGGCCACAAGGUAGAGGUGUGCCAGUCGUCCUCUCUGAUGCUCGUGAACCACACGUCCAACGACGCUCCUGACUCUCUGGAGGACGACUCCGUCCCUCCGCUGCAGAUUUCCUAUGUGCAGUCCGUCUUUCCGCCUUUAGCGGCGGCAAUCACCCUGACGGAUCCAGUCUGGGCGCUGGUCUUAACCCGCAACCUUUCCCAGUGGGUGCCCGCCCAGAUAUCGGCUCUCCUCGGUCAGGCGAUGGAGGCUGUCGUCCUCGACGAUGGGUCUGUCUACAGGAAGUAG